AUGUUGCCAUGCUUUCCUUUCUGCCUUCUGCCUUCUCUCUUUGUCUGCCUGAUUUUCUUACCCGUGGGUCAUUUUUGCCCUGCUGUCUGUAGCUGUAUGGACUACCACACCAUAGAUUGCCGGGAUCAAGGACUCCCAAGUGUUCCUAGUUCAUUUCCAUUGGAUGUACGGAAACUUCUCAUAGCUGAUAACAACAUUCAGGUGAUACCAGCUGAUUUCUUUAUAUUUUAUGGAGACCUGGUCUAUUUGGAUUUCAGGAAUAAUUCCCUCACCUCUUUAGAAGAGGGCACUUUUAGCAGGUCUACCAAACUGCUCUAUUUAGAUUUAAGCUACAAUAAUUUAACACAGCUUGAUGCUGGGAUAUUCAAAUCAGCAGAAAAACUGGUAAAACUGAGCCUUGGCAACAAUAACCUGGUGGAUGUGGAUGAGGCUGCUUUUGAGAACCUGGAACAGCUCCAAGUGUUAGAAUUGAAUGACAAUAACUUACAAAGCCUCAAUGUGGCAAUCCUAGAAGCGCUUCCCUCCCUGCGGACGAUACGCUUAGAGGGCAACCCCUGGGUCUGUGACUGUGACUUUGCCAGUCUUUUCAGCUGGAUACAGGACAAUGCAUCGAAGCUCCAGAAAGGUCUCCAUGAAAUCCAGUGUUCCCUGCCUGUAGAAAACAGAAGAAUCUUUCUGAAUGAAUUAUCUGAGGUCAGCUUUAGUGAAUGCAAAUUUAGUUUGUCAUUGACAGACCUGUUUUUCAUCAUCUUCUCUGGAGUCGCAGUCUCCAUUGCUGCUAUUCUCUCAAGCUUCUUCUUAGCAACUCUAGUACACUGCUUCCAAAGAUGUGCUCCCAGUAAAGAUGACGAUGACGAUGAAGAUGACGGUGAGGAUGGAGUUGGAGCUUGCAUCCAAGACUGUUAGCUUUUCUUGCGUAUAUAACCUGGUGCAAUGAGAGAGGCUCAAUUUCUGUGAUCCUUAAUCAAACGCUGCAUUUCAAAUGGAAGAUUGGAGGAAAAAAGGGGUAAAGGCUAAAAAAAACCAAACCUCCAGUGUUUUAAAAGACUAAUAAUUCUCGGCUUCCAUCUCAUCCUUCUGGUGAGAUGCAGAGCCCUCUAAGGGCUUGAGAAUGUGUUCUAAUCACACUUUGAAAAAGAUAGGUGAGAUGGAGGCAUUUCAGCUGCAAAAUAAGGAAGUUCCUUCCUGAGCCUAAGUAAUGAGAGAUUCUCUUAAGCUCACACAACUAACAAAAUGUAAUUAAAAGGAUUCCUGGAGUUAGAGAAAGCAUUAGAGGAAGGUUGGCAUUUUCUCUCUACAAAUGUUCUUUAUAAGUAUUCAUCCUCCAUUUAGUGACAGCAGUUGCAGGCAUCAUUCAGCCAAAAAAAACACUUUUUCUAUAAACCCCACAAUUCUGUGUCUGAGUCAUCCACUGCAGCUGCCUGGCACCUCUUUGGUUAUGGCACAAAGACUGAAUUUAACGUUUCUUCGCAUUUUUAGAUGCAAUGAAGUAAAGGAUUUCCAUUCCCUGUAAUGCCAGACACAAAUAACUGUUGCAGUACUCAGUCCAUUUAGUUAUUUUAAAAUACCAAGGGCUAUAUUUGGCUCCUGAUUAUACUAGAGUAGCACAACUGAAAUGAACACCAUGGUCCAAAUUGGCAACUGUAUAAACAAGAGUGGAAUCUGGCCCAAGAUGUUUCUGACUGUAUUAUAGAUAUGUCAAAACUUGAGCUCUUCUAUAUAAGGGUAGAUAUUUUUGUUAGAAUUUAAAACAAGACAUUUAUUACAUGAGAUUUUUGGAAUAGUGCUGGACAGCUUUUUAGGAUAAGUAUAUUUUUAAAAUAUUUGUAAUGGAAAUAUUUUUUUAAAGCUCUGUGUAUUUAAAUAUCUAGAGUAGCUGUGAGGGCUUAACAUAGUAGUAAAUGAGGACUGUAUGCUAUUAUCAAAGAAUUAGAUCUGAUAAAACGUAGCAUCUGUUUAACCACUGUAAUUGCUAAAACACUCUUUGGUCAAAAUAUUGCCUUGCUCAGCUAAUAUGAAUGGUCUUUUAUGGACAGUUAGUUCCAAAUCUCUUCUAUCUGUUGUGCAUAUUGUUCAGGCAGACAGGAGUUAAUCACACUGUGUGUUAUGGGUUAAUACAGCCCAGUAGCUUAGGGACAAGGUCAGGAUGUGGCACUCUGGGAUCUUGUCUCCAUCUAACAAUCAUCAAGUAGGAGAACUCCAGCAAUUCCCUAUCUGCCUGUGCCUCAGUUCCACUACCUAUAAAACAAAGAUCAUUAUUAUUUUGCUUUCUCAAGUGCUUUGAGAUAUGCGGGGGGGAGGACACCAUACACUGGGGCAAUGUGUAUUAUAUGCAUUAGGCUGAAGCAGAUGUUAUGCAGUAGGUCUAAUCUGAUCUCAUAUCAAGGUGACUUCACUGCCAUCAAUGAAGUUAAUCCGCUGGCCAGCUGCAUUUGCAAUGGAGUUUGCACCAUGCUGAGGUCAAAACCAGGACAAGAGUGUUUAUUUCUGUUAGUUCUACAGCUUAUUCAAUGCCACUUAAUGCUACUGCUGUUAAGGUUGUUAUUUCUGCAAACACAUUGCAACAGAAUGAAGCAGGGCAGUGGGAGGAUGUUCUGAAUCGAUACUGGCUUAUUCUAUUCUGAUUCUCUCCAGAAGAAUGAAAUGACAUGAUUUUCACUGUGUAGUGCCAUGACUAUAAAUAACACAAAUAUAUUUAUAAUUUCAACAUGG